UUAAAACAGUAUCUGUACAAUAGCUUAUGAACUUUUGUGUGUGUAUGUGGAUUACCUUGUAACUCUAAUGUCCCCACAAAUAUAGCAAUACCAGUACAUUUUGACCUUGUGGGGACAUUUUUUGGUCCUUGUGAGGAAACGGCUCAUAAAUCACACAGAAUGAGGCAAGCUGAAGAUGUCAAAUGCAGAAGAUUUCAGUCUGUACAGUAGAAAUUGAGUUACAGCUGGUGUACAAGUGUGUGUACAUUCAGGAAAACACCUCUCUCACUCUCACACACACACACACACACAACCACACAGGGUGUUUACACUGGAAACAGUGUCUGCGCAUCAGCAAACAGAUCUUGGCUGCUCUGAUUGGCCAGAGAUCAGCAGGUCUGCUAUGGAAACCCAACAGGUGGAGCACCUGCGCAGGUGUGUUUGACUAUCAAAUGACACAAAACCACAGGAGUGAACAUCAGGAGCUCCAGGAGGAGGACUGAACACCUGAACAUGUGCUGAUGAAGACACGCUGCUGAAAACACCGCUGUGUGAAUCAUGAACUGGGGUUUCCUGGAGAACGUGUUGAGCGGGGUGAACCGCUACUCCACCGUGGUGGGCCGGGUCUGGCUCUCCAUCCUCUUCAUCUUCCGCAUCCUGGUGUUCGUGGCGGCCGCCGAGCAGGUGUGGAAGGACGAGUUCAAGGACUUCGUCUGCAACACGCAGCAGCCGGGCUGCGAGCAGGUGUGCUUCGACCACUUCUUCCCCAUCUCUCAGGUGCGUCUGUGGGCGCUGCAGCUCAUCAUGGUGUCCACGCCGUCGCUGCUGGUGGCUCUGCACGUGGCCUACCGAGAGCACCGCGAGCGCAAACACAAGCGCAGGCUCUACCAGGACAAGGGCAGCAUUGACGGCGGCCUGCUGUUCACGUACAUCACCAGCCUGGUCCUCAAGACGUCUUUCGAGGUGGGCACGCUGCUGGCCUUCUACCUGCUGUACAGCGGUUUCCACGUGCCGCGGCUGCUGCGCUGCGCCGAGAGCCCCUGCCCCAACAGCGUGGACUGCUACAUCGCCAGAGCCACCGAGAAGAAGAUCUUCCUCUACAUCAUGGGCUGCACCUCCAUCCUGUGCAUCGCGCUCAACCUGCUGGAGAUGGGCUACAUCGUGUCCAAGCAGUGCUGGAAGAGCUUCAGCAAGAGAUACACUCCGGUGCGGGAUGGGGCCACUCGCCCGCCCUCCACCUUUACUCUCGGCCCACCGCAACCCUCAUGCACAGCCAAGGAGGAGGGCGAUCAGUCUGCGCCGGCGGGACAGGAGACAGCCUGAACACAGACUCACUAGCUGUGUGUCCACUGUCGGUCAGUGCAGGUCAGGCAGAGGGCGUAGAUCUGCUCUUGACAUUACACCACAUUCACACGGGGCUCAGCGUCAACGCUUGACUGAGGGCGUUUCUGAAGUUGGGGCUGACGCAAUCGUCAUAGCAGCAUCAGCCAAUGA